AAAGAACAUAAAAAGAAAGAAAAGAAAAGAAUUAAAGAAUUGAUAAAAAGAGAGGAUAUGUAUGCAGAAAAAGAGAAAGCUGUUCCAUUUUCCUUCUAAUCCUUGAUACUGUUGAUGGUGGAACUUUACGCAAUCCCAUAAUACCUGCUCUUGCCCUACCCAUCAUAAGAUUCCUCUUCCACUUACUCCAUUAAUUAUCUUUAUUAUUACCUAUAUUAUCUUCCUUAAUAAUCUUAUUGUUUCUCUUCUUCUGUUUCCUCAAACCCCCAUUUCCUAAAAAAAUCCAUAAUUUUGGGUGAAUUUUCAUCUGGGUGUUUCUUAAAUUGACAAAAAAGGCAAAAGGGUGUCGGAAAUUGUGUUAAUCUUGAUUAAUGGUUUGAUCAAAUUUUGUAAAAAUUGUUUCUUGAUUUUGGGGGUAAAAAAGAUUGAAUUUUUAUAAGAUGGGUAAUAUGGGAAGCAGUGGUGUGAACGGCCGGCGACGGAGCAGUAGCCGGAGGAGCCAUCCACCACCGCCUCCACCACCACAACCUCCGCAGCCGGAGAUAAGCGCGAACCGGUACGUAUUCGCGGCGGCCACACCUUAUCCUGCUCAAUACCCAAACCCUAAUGCUCCGCCGUAUUAUCAAUACCCGGGUUACUAUCCGCCGCCCCCGCCGGCGAUGCCCGUGCCGUUACCGGCUCCUUAUGAUCAUCAUCAUAGGAUGGACAACCACCCGGGUCAUGCUAAUUGGGUUAACGGGCCGGGGCGGUACCCGUGUGGGCCGAUGAUGCCUCCGCCUGCACCAUAUGUGGAGCAUCAAAAAGCUGUGACAAUAAGAAAUGAUGUUAAUUUGAAGAAGGAGACUUUAAGGAUUGAGCCUGAUGAAGAUAACCCUGGCAAAUACCUUGUGGCUUUCACUUUUGAUGCCACUGUUCCUGGGAGCAUGACUGUCAUUUUCUUUGCAAAAGAAGGUGAAGAUUGUUGCUUGACUCCUAUGAAGGAAAGCUUGCUUCCACCAGUAACUUUUGAGUUUCAAAAAGGUUUAGCUCAGAAGUUUAGGCAACCUUCCGGAACUGGCAUUGAUCUUUCAAUGUUUGAAGAAGUAGAAUUGUCCAAAGAUGGUGAGGCGGAUGUGUAUCCACUUGCUGUUAAGGCGGAGGCAUCACCAGAUAGCCACAGUGGAUCAGAGGAUGGGAGUGCAGCGGCAGGGUCCACUAAUUCACAGAUUACUCAAGCAAUUUUCGAAAAGGACAAAGGUGAGUACCAUGUUAGGGUGGUGAAGCAAAUCCUCUGGGUCAAUGGCAUGAGGUAUGAAUUGCAAGAGAUAUAUGGGAUUGGUAAUUCAGUUGAAAGCGACUUUGAUGGAAAUGAUCCCGGGAAAGAAUGUGUGAUAUGCCUCUCUGAACCUCGGGACACUACUGUACUUCCAUGUCGGCACAUGUGUAUGUGCAGCGGAUGUGCAAAGGUUUUGAGGUUCCAGACAAAUCGCUGUCCUAUUUGUCGGCAGCCAGUUGAGCGCCUCUUGGAGAUCAAGGUUAGCGAAGGUGCUGAAGAGUAAAGAUACGAAGAGUUGGCAGAAUCACUCUUGUAUAAAUAUCUGUAUUUUCUCUCCUCUCCUCCUUGACCUUCGCAAUUACUCUUUUCUGUGUCCGCUUUCUAAAUUAGAAUAAUCCAACAGCAAGCCUCUUAUAAAAGUUUGUAAGUGGUUGCAUAUAAUGCAGUCCGACCAUUGGAUCAAGACUUGCUGUUGAGUUGAGCCAUCUUGCUUUUACAUCUUCUUUUAGUUUAUUUAGUGCUUUGUUGUACUUCCCUGCAAUUUUUUGUUUAGAUUGUUGUUAGUAUACAUAGUAAAUAUAUUGUUUGCUUGCUCAAAUCUGCAGUUAUAUUCUAUUUUA